AUGGUUCAGUCGCUCGCGUCUCCGGCGGCGCGCAGUUCUGCGCAGGCUGCGUUGAAUCCCCCCGCGUUUGCUUCUGCCGCCGCAGAUGGCGGCUGGGCGAAGGAGGAAGAGGACGCGGAGAGCGGGCAUCCGCGGCUUCUCGAGACGCUUGUUGACGUCCCGAAGGCGCACCUGGAGAAGGCGCGCGCGAUCGUUGAGCAGCUACGAGGGCGCGGACGCGAGGGGGACGGCGAGAAAGGGCCGCUGGACGCCAACAGCGCCUACCUGCUCUGCUUCCAGCUCCUCAAACUCGCGGGACUCGAAGCUGAGAUACCGCGGCUCGUGGUCUUCGGCCAACAAAGCAUGGGGAAGACUACGCUCCUCGACUACAUCAUGGGCGGACCGAUCGGCUACAGCAGCACAGACACCGGCACGCGACAGCCAGUCGUCAUUUUGUUGCGGCCGUCGGACGGCGGCGACGCAGUCCAGUGUUGGUUGGGUGGGGAGGAGAUCGACGUCAAGGAGCUGCAGUCGCGCAUGAAGGACAUUAUGUCUUCUCAAGGUGAGCGCAUCUCGUCUCAGGAGUUGGAAGUCGAGCUUGCGGUGCCGCACGGCGUCCACGCCGUCUUUGUGGAUCUGCCUGGCAUCAAAGACGACAGCAAAGCGGGCGCCACGCAGACCCGCUCCGUGGUGAGGACAUACGUUCAAAACAACCCUAACGACCUCUACAUCCUCGUGAAAAAAGCCUCCGACGACCCCGCCAACUGGCCCUGGAGCCUCAGGGAAUUCAUCCUCUCGACCCCGCCCAAAGGCUUGGGUCUGACCCCGCGGCAGACGGUGGUGGUGGGGACGCGGGCGAAAGACUUCCUCGUGAACGAGAAAAAUGACAUUCGCACGCAGUCGCAGCUGCUGGAGCGCGUCCUGAAGCGCGCUGUAAAAGACGCCACAGGGACGCCACUGCCGUUGUUUUUGUUGGAACUUUUCUCACUCUCGAUCGAGGAGAAAGACACCCCAGACUUCGCCGCGAAGCGCGCCGCGAUGAACCGGCAAAUGGACGACGGCGGCCGCGCAGUCCGCGAGCUGCUGGAGACCGCGUUCGAACCCGGUCCGAACGCCCAAGUCUCGCGCAAGCUGGCGGAGUUCUUCAACCCCUCUCGAUUUAAAAAGGAACUCAAUCACAAAUUCCAGGGGCUCUUGAUCGAGCAGAUGGGCUCGCUGGAGCGGCGGCUGGUGCGGAAGCGCCUGGAGACGCAAAAGCGCAUCGCCGACCUCGAGGAGCAACUUGCCCUUCAGACUCCGCAGUCCUGCAGGGAGUGCAUCAAGCUUUACCUGCGAGAGCUUCUCCAAGUGGUCACGGAGCUCGUCACCGGAAACUACACGAUUAUCCGCUUGCCCAACAGCGGCGACGAAUUCCUCAAGACUUACGGCGGAAACCUGCGCGACAACCUCGAAGGCGGCCACGAACUCGCUUGCGAACUCUUCCCCGAACACUACGACCGGGACUUCCUCGAAAAAAUUCUGAGAGAUGCGGAGGAAGUGUUUCGGCGGCAAGACCUUGAGGAGAGUCUCGCGCCGCUUACGGGCCCCGACGGCCACGUGGUGAUGCAGCCUGGACAAAUCGUCCGCUACACGCUGUCGAAAGACGAGACGAAUAUGUUCGGCUUGGUGCAGAGUGUGGGGGCGUCCGCGCGCGGACCAGCCGGAGACACAGAGACGGGCGAGGCCGGAGCUGCGUCUGGCGAUGCGGCAUCGGCGGGUGCGCUCUCCUCCAAGGAGGCCACGGUCACGUUCUACUUCCGCAGCGGGCAAGCGCAGGGCGAACAGUCACAGUUCAAGACGGUUGACAAGCAGCGCCUCGCCGUCCUUCUUCCUCUGCAGACGCUGAUUCAUCCGACGACGCCGCCGCCUGCAGGCUUCCGGUGCUGGCGGCGAUUCUACCGCCCAGACGGCUGGGUGGGACUGCAGCCGGUGGAGCUCUUGAGUCUCUCGCUGCGCGCCUCGUCCUCCUCGCCCUCCUUCGAGGGCACCGAGGGCCGAGCGGCCGGCGGCGCGGGCAGUGCGGGCUCCUCGGCGGCCUUCGAAGGAAGUUUGCCGGGCUCGCAGAGCAGCGAGCGCGGCGGCAGGCUGGGCGGAGACAGACAGCGAUUCAGCGAGAAGAGCGAGGCCGUCGUGAAGGCCCUCCUGGGGCCCGACUUGCGGUCGUCGGCGAACGCGCAAGCGCCCGAGCAAGUCGCGACGCUCGACGAGCUCUUCGCAGACGCAACCACGAGCGACCUCGACAGACAUUCGCAGGCGCAUCGGCGCGCGAACCUGAGUGCGCUCCAGCGGAUCUCUGGCGACUUUGCGGACACACGCCUGCUCAAUCAGCUCUCGCUGACGCACUUAGGCCGGUGGCUCAAGUUCCACAUUUGCAACAUCGAGCCCGAUCGCCGCUUCAGCGACCACGUCCUCCUUCAGAUGAUGCGAAGCGUGCGGCACGUGAUCGACAAAGCGGACUGGGAGCCCCUUGUCGCCGACUUGCUGCAGGCGAACGUCCGCGGCGGGAUGCUUCAAGUCUCACGCCUUGCGGCCUGCGCCGCGGCGUCUGCGCUGCGCCGCAUCCUCCGCGCAGCGAGCGCCGAAGUCAACCGCCAAAUCAAGAGUGGAGACCUGCGCAGCGGGCUGCUGUUCCUUGCAACCAAUCAUCGAUUCAUUGAGGAACUCGAGCAAAGUCUUGAGGAAUACUGCAGGAAGAAGGCGCGCGACUGUGCGCAGGCGAUGCGAGACCUGAUUUUCGAGCAAACGCAUGCGAUUCACUUUGAGAUGAUUGAGGACUUUUUCGAUGGCUGCAAGCGCUUUGAGGCGGAUUUCCUGGGAGGCUCGAUGAUGGGCGAGGUGACGCAGCGCGUGAAAGACUCGUUGGCGAUGCGCAAGCAGCGGCUCGGGGUCGCGGACAUCUACGCAAGGCACGAAAAUGGAGCGGCCACGCCGGACAGCAUGAUCUACGAGGAAGUUAGGAUACAGUUCUGGGUGGUGAAGAUGCUACUGUCCGCACCUCUCACAACGAAGCUAUACAUGCACUUCAUCAAAGACAUUAAAGAUAAAAGCAUGCACCUCGCUUCAGAAGACAAGUUCUCCGUCACCUGUGAGAGCGACUUGGAGCGGACGCUUCAGUACCAGAUGCUUUGCGAACGCUCUGCGACAGGUCGCGCCCUUGCUCGCACAGAUGAGGAGCUGAUGGAGCACUUCAACCUCAGCCUGAACAAGGACGAGCUCAUCAAUCAGCUGCAUGCAGCUCGGCGGGCAGAAGAGUACACGAAGCUGGCGCUGGAAGGCGUUGCGAAGCUUCUUCAUCAGCUGCAGAGGGGCACGGGAGUCGAUUUCUUGACGCGCCUAGACUCGCCGCCUGACGGCCGCGAAAGCGCAGACAAAGCAAAGUACCAAGACGGCAGGGGUGCAGGCGGAGAAGACGGGAGGGCGGCCGCGGGCAGCGCGGGCUGGCGGGUGCAUGCAUCUGCACCGCGUGCCAGCCACGGAGCUGGGAGUCGAGGCCUCGGUUCUUCAUCCUUGAACGGGGUGUGA